AUGGGCUUGUUCAGUUCUUUGUUCGGGAAAGCUGGUAGACGGUUUAUCAAACGAAAAGAUAGCGAUGCAGGCGAAGCAGGUCGAGCAUUGGAAGAACUUAAAGGUUCGCUAUACAAUGAGCUACGAACUUCUGAGGGAGCAAAACGCCAACAGCAACGAUUUGGUUGGCAAGCUGUGGCAAUGACCUUCAAUUUCGUGGUUUCUGUUGGAAUAAUUAUGUUAAACAAACUGGUGCAUACUUCCUUUUCUUGUGAUGAUUGUGUAUAUGCUUUUGUGAUGGUGAAUGUUGGAUUUAACUUUCCAAUCUUUCUCACAUUAAUCCACUACUCCACUGCUUGGGUUCUACUUGCCAUUUUCAAGGCAUUCUCUUUGCUUCCUGCAUCUCCUCCUUCUAGAUCUACACCUUACCAUUCACUGUUUGUUUUGGGUGCUAUCAUGGCUCUUUCCAAUGGCCUCGCUAACACUAGUCUAAUGCAUAACAGUGUUGGUUUCUAUCAGAUGGCUAAGAUUUCUGUCACUCCAACCAUUGUUGUUGCAGAGUUCAUUCUCUUCAGAAAAAUCAUCUCAUUUAAGAAGGUUCUGGCUCUGGCUGUUGUCUCUGUAGGUGUGGCAGUUGCAACUGGGGCCGAUUUAGAAUUCAACUUAUUCGGUGCUUGUAUUGCAGUUGUAUGGGUUAUCCCAAGCGCUACAAAUAAAAUCCUCUGGUCUAAUCUCCAACAGCAAAAAAAUUGGAAUGCUCUUGCGUUGAUGUGGAAAACUACCCCAAUCACAAUCUUGUUUUUGUUACCUCUUAUGCGGUGGAUAGACCCCCCAGACGCCUUAUCCUUCAAGUGGGAUCUCUAUAACACAACUGCUGUUCUCAUAUCGGCUGUAUUUGGAUUUCUCUUGCAAUGGUCUGGAGCUUUGGCACUUGGUGCCACUUCUGCAACCUCGCAUGCUGUUUUAGGACAAUUCAAAUCUUGUGUCAUCUUACUUGGAGGCUACUUACUCUUUAACUCAGAUCCUGGUUUUGUGAGCAUCUGUGGAGCUGUUGCAGCUCUUUGUGGAAUGUCAGUUUAUACAUCACUUAACCUAAGGGAUUUGAAUGAGACGACGAGUGUCCAGCUUCCAAAACAAGGUUUAUCUUCUCUGAAACCAAAGAGCACUGAAGACAACAUAGAAGGGUCAGGUGCUGAUGAUCCCUCAAAUGCUGUCUAA